CUUGCUUUUUUGUUACGUUUGCAUUACAGAGGAUCGUUUGGAAAUGUUUAAUUUCGUCACGAGGUGUGACAAAGGGUUAAACCCAUCCUUUUUGUUUUGUCUUCAGUAUCAUCAGUCUUAAAAUGCAUCUAACGUUCUCCUCAGAUCAGCAGAAGAGAUACGAAGCUUCCCCCUCUGUGACCUUUCCUCCCGUUUCUCCCCUACAGACAGAUCGUCAGUAUGACGCCCACCAGGCCCACCGCUCCUCAAAGCCGCCCAAGGACUCCUACCUGGUGGAGCAGGUGUUCAGCCCACACCACCUCCCUCCCGCCGUCAAGUCUCACGUGAAGGGCAGCCCUCUCUACACGGACCUGCGGCUGACCGGCCUCGCUGACGGCAAGCGCUCCCAGCCCUCCUGGACCAUUGAAGAGUACAAACGUAACUCAGGAGACAAGAACAAGCUCAGCGCUCUGGACCUGCAGGUCCAGGAGUCGCUCAACCCCAACAAUCUGGAGUACUGGAUGGAGGACAUCUACACGCCGGGCUAUGAUUCGCUGCUCAAGCGCAAGGAGGCGGAGUUUCGCAGAGCCAAGGCGUGUAAAAUCGGCGCAUUGAUCGCUGCGGCCGCCUGCACUGUGAUACUGGUCAUCGUAGUGCCCAUUUGCACCAUGAAGUCUUGAGGUUUCUCUUUUUUUCUGUCGGAUGGUGUUCGUUUCACUUGGACAAACAUGGGACUUCAUUUGCGGGGAUUGUAAUUAGGUCUGAUUUCAGCCUUAGACUUUCCUGGAAUGUCAAUCGAAAUAUAUCACAACAAAGAGUUAAGGAUUGCAAAUUGACGUGUCUUUUUUUAUUUACCCUAGUCAAUAUUUAUAACUUGACUAAAUUAUUUGUUAUGUAGUAGAUGGCCUUACUUAAAGGCUUGGAGGUGCACCCUUGUUUUAUAGUGCAGAAUAUAAUGUACCGAUAUAUUUUAUGUCUGUUUCUUUUUCUGGUAUUGCAGUAGAAACUAAAGGGAAAGCUUUAUGUUUAAGCGCAUUCUAUUUUUUACUUUACUAUGAUUAUGAGAAUUUUAACGAGAGUUAUUUUUCGAUGAAUACGCCGACAGAAUGUUUUAAAGACGAGUUGGAUUUAUCUUUGGAAAUCACUGGAAUGUUUGGGCUCGUGCAAUGCCUUUUUAUAAGGAUUAUAUAUUCAGAUAGCGCAAAUAUAGUUCAUGUGUGCAUUCAAUAAGAACUUAAAGGAAAAGUUCAGUCAAAAAUGAAAGUCUGUCAUUGUAUAUUCACCCUC